UACAUACUAAUACACUACACAAUUAUUACUCCGGCAAUAGGUGUGUUUUUAAAAACUUAACAAAAACCAAAGUGAAUUACAGUGUUGUGAACGAAAAAUAUCAAAAAAUCCAAACAAAACACCCAAAAAAAUAUCCAAAAAUAAUGGAAUUAUAAACAAUUGAACAGUGAUUUUUAUUUUAUAUAAAAAAAAAUUUUUAUUUUUUUUUUUAAAUCAUGGCAACUAAAAUCAUUUUAGUGAAUCUUUUACUAUUUAACUUAAUACUAGUAUCAAAAUCUCUAUUACAUUCGCCUCCACGGUUUGUAAAGCAACCGCCGACUGAUGAGUUAUUGUUUCAAGUUAAACAAAGUUCUGGAGAUGUUGAUAAGCCUUUUAUUAUUGAAUGUGAAGCGGAAGGAGAACCAGCUCCUAAAUAUCGAUGGAUAAAGAACGGAAAACCGUUCGCAUGGGAAGCGUAUGACGAUCGUAUUCUACAGCAUCAGUAUCGUGGAACUUUGGUUGUGACAAAACCACGUGACGAAGAUUUAGGACAGUAUCAAUGUUUCGCAGAAAACGAGCACGGUACAGCCACUUCAAACAGUGUGUUCGUACGAAAAGCCGAAUUGAACUCAUUCAAAGAUCAACCCGUUCAAUUAGUUGAAGCAAACGAAGGCGAACCAUUUAAUUUGACAUGUCAUCCGCCAGACGGUUGGCCAAAACCAAAUGUAUAUUGGUUAAUACAGAAUUCCGACGGUUCAAUUAAAUCGAUAAAUAAUUCACGUAUGACCUUAGAUCCGGAGGGUAAUUUAUGGUUUGCGUAUGUUACCAAAGAGGAUAUGUCUGAUAAUUUUAAGUACGCUUGUGCAGCUACAUCUGUGUUCCGAAAAGAGUAUAAGAUUGGUAAUGGUUUAUGGCUGAAAGUUAUUUCAGCUGGUAUUUCGGCAGCUCAAAAUAAACAAGAACCCGUCCGACAAUAUGUUACUAGGAAAAAUGAAGUGGCUUUACGUGGAAAACAAGUGGAACUGUUCUGUAUAUUUGGUGGGAUACCGCUGCCGCAGAUAGUUUGGUACAAAGACGGGAUACCUAUACGAGCUAGUGAUCGAGUUUCGCAAGAGAAUUAUGGUAAAAGUUUAAAAAUCAAGCAUGUCACAUUCGAAGAUCAAGGCGCAUACACUUGCGAAGCAAGUAACGGUGUUGGACAUGCACAAUCGUAUUCAAUAAGUUUAUCCGUACUCUCAUCACCAUAUUUCACACGUGAACCAGAAUUCGUAAACGCCGCCGACGAUGAAACAGUUGAAAUACAUUGUGAAGCAAAAGGUAUCCCUGAUCCCGACAUCAAAUGGAUUCAUAAUGGACGACCAAUUGCUGAAUCUCCACCAAAUCCACGACGAAAAGUAUCAUCGAACACGAUUCGUAUUGAACGAUUACAAGCGAACGAUACCGGUAAUUAUGGAUGUAACGCAACCAAUGUUCAUGGAUACGUAUACAAAGAUGUGUAUAUCAAUGUACUAUCGUUACCACCAGAGAUUACCGAGCCCCCAGGUCAUGAAAGUACCGUCGAUUUACGAACAGUUACGUUACGGUGUCGUGCUUUCGGUGCCCCUAAACCAGAAGUGAAAUGGUUACACGGUGGUCUAGAAUUAACCGGAGGACGUUAUAAUAUCCUUGAAAAUGGUGAUCUGGAAAUUAGAGAUGUGGCGUUUAGUGAUAGUGGAAAUUAUACAUGUUUUGCGAUCAAUAAAUUUGGAAAACAGGAUGCUUCGGGUAGUUUAACAGUUAAAGAACAUACUAAGAUCACUGAUGAACCCGAAGAUUAUGAAGUAUCCGCUGGAACACCUGCUACAUUCCGCUGUAAUGCAGUUAGUGAUUCUUCGUUAGAUCUUCAAAUCAAUUGGUUGAGUAAUGGAUUACCGAUUGAUUUUGAUGCGGAACCGCGAUUUGUUCGUUCUUCAGAUUAUUCGUUAACAAUUACAAAAACAACUGAAUUGGAUUCGGGAACAUAUACUUGUGUUGCAAAAACUGAACUAGAUGAAGCCGUAGCUCAUUCUACGCUUACUGUGCAAGAUGUACCAAAUGCCCCACGCUUAGAAAAAGUCGAUUGUGGUGAACAUACAGCUAAAAUUUAUUGGAAACCUAUGGGUGAUAAUCGUUCCCCAAUUUUAAGCUACACAAUUCAAGGAAACACCAGUUUUACCCCUGAUACUUGGGAUGAUUUAGUUUUAACAGUUCCAGCUACGGAUAUGUCCUAUAGUGUGGAAAUUAGUCCAUGGGCGAAUUAUACUUUCCGUGUAAUCGCACGAAAUAAAAUUGGACCUUCAAUUCCAUCCCAACAUUCAACUGUUUGUAUCACUCAACCAGAAGUACCGCAUAAAAAUCCCGAUAAUGUAGAAGGUAAAGGUACCGAACCAAAUAAUUUAGUUAUAUCUUGGACGGUGAUGCCCCAAAUUGAACAUAAUGCACCCAAAUUUUUGUAUCGCGUUUAUUGGAAGAAAAACAUACCAGGCGAAACGUGGAUCACUGAAGAUGUCCCAAAUUGGAGACAGAAUAAGUUAGAAAUAUUCGAUCAACCGACAUUCGUUGAGUAUCGUAUCAAAGUGGUCGCCAUGAAUGAAAUGGGUGAAGCUGAUGUCACAGCCAAAGAAGUUAUUGGAUACUCUGGGGAAGCUGAGCCUUUACAAGCCCCCACAAAUUUCACAUUAGUCAACAUACAUUCAUCCACAACUGCAAUGCUACAAUGGAAUUCUGUCCCACCAGAAUCAGUACGUGGACACUUUAAAGGAUAUAAAAUCCAAACGUGGACCGAUCGGGAUGGCGAAGAAGCAAAACGUGAAAUACAAAUCAAGGGUGAUGAAAAUCGUGCACUUGUAUCGAAAUUUGUUCCACAUACGAAAAAUUACGCUCGAGUUCUUGUCUUCAAUGGUCGUUACAAUGGACCUCCUAGUGAAGUUUUAUACUUUACGACACCAGAAGGUGUUCCAGGACCAAUCCCUGGUAUUGACGCAUAUCAAAUGGGAGCAUCUGCUUUGUAUUUAAUUUGGAAGAAACCUCAACAGCCAAAUGGUGUACUUAUUGGUUAUCGAAUUUAUUAUCGAGUUGUUAAAGGAACAUUGUUAGAAUCUUUAAUUGAACGUGAACCUUACAUCAAGGAUCCAAAACAAACUCGUGCCAAAUUAGCUGGUCUUUUACCAAAUUCAAAAUAUCGUAUUCAUGUACGUGCUCUAACACGAGCAGGAGAAGGUGACGACUAUUACAUUGAAACAAGAACACGUGUUGAUAAGCCAGCAGUACCCGAUAAACCAAGUUUCACUUGGACACGAUUACCAAGCGAUACAGACAAUGGUUUAGCUAAAAUUAAGGUGACUUGGUUGCCAUCGUUAGGUGGAAAUCAAGUACCUGGAUCUCAUUUCUUUGUUAAAUACAAGUUGAAAGGAAAGACUUUAUACGAAGAAACUCAUCCACAAAUGAAAGAAGAUUACAUUGAAGUGCGCGGUUUAUCACUUGGUGAAUUAUACGAAUUCAAAGUAGUGGCUGUUGAUGGUGAUUACAUGACUGAAAGUGAUCCACAAGAUGUUGAUACUUACGGAAUUGAAGGUCCAAUAAUCCAACCAAAAGAGAAUGUAGCAACCGCUGGAUGGUUUAUUGGAAUGAUGCUUGCAAUCGCAUUCUUGUUGCUGGUAUUAAUCAUUGUAUGCAUCGUAAAACGUAAUCGUGGCGGUAAAUAUGCUGUGCACGAGCGUGAACAAGCGAACGGACGACACGACUACCCUGACGAGGGUGGAUUCCACGAAUAUUCACAACCGUUAGAUAAUAAAUCACAUGGACGUACUUCCAUGAGCAGUGAACCGAAACAAGCGCCAGAGAGUGAUACAGAUUCGAUGGCGGAAUAUGGAGAAGGUGAUACCGAGGGGAUGAACGAGGAUGGAUCAUUUAUUGGCCAAUAUGGUCGACAACGAAAACAAGGCGAUAAUGCGUCGCAAGGUUUCGCUACUCUAGUCUAAAUUUGUUCUCAAUUUUUAAUUUUUCAAAUUUAUUUUAUCGAAGAGGGCGUUUUACUGAAGAUGGAUCAUUUAUUGGUCAAUACGUACCAGGCAACAUGAAACCUCCAGCUACAUCAACUGCAGAUCAUGGUACUCCAAACAAUAUAAUGGCCACAUAUGUUUAGCUAGCUUCAUAAAACUU